CAGUGGACUUUUUCUUCUCUCAUACCAGACGAAGGGGCGGAAACGGUACAUUUCACAGUAUUCAAGCUAGCGGCUCUGCAUUUUGACAACAAACCAAGACAAACAGCGACGUUAUUACUAUUUAAUUGUCAGGCAAAGAUUGUCGUGUUGUUUUAUUUCGGUUCGGGUGGAACUUAAAAAAAAUUACAUUGUAAGUCAUCGGAACCUGCUGGUCCCCAGGUCUACCUGAUGAGUAUGAGCCUGACUACAGAACCCCCUAACGAUGGUCCCACUGUUACAGAAGAGAGCAAGAUGACUUCACCUGAGAAGAAGGACAAGAAGCCAGACGAUGUGCCAGAGGAAGAGGAGGAGGAGGAAGAGUAUGUGGUGGAAAAGGUCCUGAAUCGGCGGGUGGUGAAAGGGAGAGUAGAGUAUCUUCUCAAGUGGAAAGGCUUCUCUGAGGAAGAUAACACGUGGGAGCCAGAAGACAACCUGGACUGUCCAGAUCUGAUUGCAGAAUUUCUGCAGUCCCAGAAAUCCGCACACGAUGGAAAGAGGAAGGCGGCCGGCGAUGCAGAAGGAGAUGAAAGUAAAACGAAGAAGAAGAAAGACGACACAGAGAAGCUAAGGGGCUUUGCACGAGGGCUGGAUCCAGAGAGGAUUAUUGGUGCUACAGAUUCCACAGGAGAACUCAUGUUCCUCAUGAAAUGGAAAAACUCGGAUGAAGCCGACUUGGUGCCGGCGAAGGAGGCCAACGUCAAGUGUCCGCAGGUGGUCAUCUCGUUCUACGAGGAGAGACUUACUUGGCACUCAUAUCCGACUGAAGACGAGAAAAAAGACGACAAAAACUAAGAGGGGCCGCGGGAAAGAAAAAACUGUAGUUUUGAACUUCAUUGUACUUUCGACGGGAUUGUGGGGGGUCGGGAGGGGGACGGAGACAAGCAAGACACCAUUGAACUCAUUGGUCUUUUGGUGUAGUAUCACUCAUUUAAUUCUACUUUGAUCUGGAUAUAAUGUAACUGUGUAUAUGCUUCAGCUGAAAUGUACAACGCAGUGUUAACUUUCAGUAUCGACUCCAGUUUUGAGAAAGCUGCUCGGCUACUUCAGUAUCAUUCUCACACAUUUGGUCCAGUGCUCGGUCAUCUUGCUAUGAAAUCGUAUCAGUGAGGUGAUGUUUUUAUUUUAUUUUAGUGUGCCAUUUUUACUUGAUUUGUCAGUGCUUUUGAUGGCAAAGCUGUGUUCAUCUUAGCUGUUUCCUUAGGACUUGUUUGGUGUAUGGUAAUGAACCCUUUUCAGUGAUUAAUUUGGUCAUUGGUAAUCUCUGUAGUGUUUUUCAUUAACGUCUUGCUUGUCUGUUUUGGAGAAUAAACCACUUUUUGUUA